CAAAAUGGGCCCUAGAGCCCAACAGUUGCGAGCCCAACCAUUUCCCCUUCUCCAAGGAUCCAAAUCCCACUUUCAACUCGUCACUCGCUCUCGGCCCCAGGCUCUUCCCCGUCCGCCGUAGCUCUCCACAAUCUCCGCCGCCGUAGCAGCAGCGACUGAACGAAGGCCGAAGAUCUUGUCACUUGCUCUCGGCUUAUCUUCCCUGUCUGCCGCAGCUCUCCAGAAUCUCCACCGCUGCCGUAUCAGCAGCGACUGAACGAAGGCUGAAGAUUGACGCAGCCUCGCCACCUCCGCCUGAUUCAACAAUCAAAAAGAGAAGUUGAAGCAGGCAAUUAGAGGGAACGAGAUGGCUACUGAACAGAAAGGAGUUGAUGAUGAGCAGCAGGCUCAGGCCGUGGUGACGAAUGGCGCUUCCUCUGGUGGUUUUCAAGGGAGAGUGUUGGAUCAGUAUCGAAAGCUAAAAGAGCAUGCAGAAGCUUACCCUUAUGUGUGGGGUUCCUACAUUGUUGUGUACGGUGGGUUUGGCCUCUAUCUCACCUACAGAUGGAGGAAGCUCCGGCAGACCGAGGACAGAGUUCGGGGUCUUCAGGAAAGGCUUCGCAAGCUCGCUCAAACUCAAGACUCUGCUACUGCUGCAUCAUCUUCUUCUGCAACAUUGUCGUCAUCAUCGUCAGCCACCACUAAAGCCACUUCCAAAUAGCUAGCCAACCUAUCCAGAGAACUACUUGGUUUUGGUGAAGUGGAGCCAACUUCCACAAGAUUUUCAGGGAAUCCUUACUUGAUUUGGACUCCUCAGAAAGCUAAGUGAAAACCAAAGUGAUAACUUUUGACUCUUCAACUUACUGCUCCGUGACUUGGAUUACAAGGCAACAAGUAUAGGAACCUUGCAAAUUCAGGUACCACAAGUUUCAAUGUCUUACUUUUCGGUACCUGGUAUUUUACCUUUUUUCUUCUUUUGUGAACCCCAAGAAGAUUGUAUUUUCUAGUUCAGGCCUCUUACCUAUCCUUCCAAGCAAAACCGCAGUGCAUUGGGAAGUACAAAAUUCAGAUCCUAAGUUGCAUUCAGAACAGUUUUGUUAUAGACUAAAAGAAAGCUUCAAGUAUCAACUAAAAUUCAGCUG